UAGGGCUUUCGAAGUUUCCCCCCAAAGUGUUGUAACUUGUAUCUGAUAAGUAUACAUUUUAUAAAGUAGCCUAGACUACGAGUGACAAACGGUGUUCGUAGGAUAAGUUGUCAGUAGCAGGGUUGGUAGUUUCUUAGAUGUUCGCUUUAAUGUGUCACAGAUGGAUUUACCUGUUCGCUGUCCUCGUCGGGCUUGCGCCAGGUUUGUUGCACGUCACAGCAAUGGAAGUUAUAGUGACGAAGGAACUUGAGGCUGUGAACGGCACAGACGUCCAACUUAAGUGCACUUUUAAAUCCACUAAACCCAUCUCAGAAAUGCUCUCUGUGUCCUGGAGCUUCCGGCCGCUCGGGAAGAACGUGGAGGAAUCGCUUUUCUUUUACCAGGAGACAGGUUAUCCUCCCACUGAAGGGCGGUUUAAGGAACAUGUCAUCUGGUCAGGGGAUGUUUCGAGCCAGGAUGCGUCCAUCACCCUGCAGAAUGUCCAGUUCAACUAUAACGGAACCUACCUCUGCCAGGUCAAGAACCCUCCAGACGUCCACGGACCUGUGGGAGAGAUCCACCUGAAGGUUGUUGAGUCAGUCACUUAUUCUGAGAUCCAUCUUCUGCUCAUAAUUGUUGCCAGUGCCAUUGGUGCAGUGCUCCUGAUAGUCUUAGUGGUGGUUGGAGUUCGGGCUUGGCGGAAACAAAACAGGGAGACGGAUAUUGAGUUUGAGGAACGCCAGUGGAAGGACCCGACAGUGUGUAAACCAGAGGAAGCUAUUCAUCUGCAAGCACCAAAGAAAGUUCUAGAGGUGGACAGCUCAGAUGAGGAAAUCUCUGAAGCUAGCAGCAAUGAGGAAGAAGAUAAUGAUGAGGAAGAUGAUGAUGAUGAUGAUGACGAUGAUGACGAUGGUGGAGAUGAUGAUGACUAAACCCAGGUACUGAGUACCAGACAGAAACUAGGAGGUGACAGAGUACAGCUUAACACUGUCCACUCAUUAACCUGCCAAGAUAGUCUUCAACUAUCUAGAUAAACCACAAUCUAUCAUUCGCUAAAGCUAAACUUAGUUUUUAACCAGCCUCCUGUAGCUAGGCGGGUUGGCCUGUUUGACCGUGUUGAACGGGGUUCAUUUGUGAUUAAAGUGAAUCUGUAGCUCAGGUGUCACUGUCUUAACUGUUUUUGGAUGAAUCUGCUGAGUCAUCUGGGUGGUCAUGUGAUUGUGUGCAAUAGUGUAAGUAGCAUGCAUGAGUGGGUUUUGGUAUUGAUUCCUUUUAAAAAGGAUCUUGUGAUGGGAUAUGACCUGUCAGACCAGCUGGGCUAAACACAAUAACCCCCCCCCCCCCC